CCUUGAGGGGGUGAACGCCGACCGGCGGGGCCGACACGCAGGCGUAUGCGAGGCUGUGUGGCCCCAGGCCCAGAUCCGGUUCCUCGGGAACAGAACGGCCUUGGUGGAGUGGAAGGGAGGCGACCUCGGGAGCAGAAGCGCGCCCGCGAAAACACUCCCCCGCCUCUGUCUGUCGGGAACCGUGGGGCAGAGGCCGCGGAGGCCCAGGAGGGAUCUUCUGUUUUUACAGCCUUCCACAUUUUUCCAAGAGCAGCAGAAAAUGAAUAAAUCCCUGGGACCAGUGUCAUUCAAGGAUGUGGCUGUGGACUUCACCCAGGAGGAGUGGCAGCAGCUGGACCCUGAGCAGAAGAUAACAUACAGGGAUGUGAUGUUGGAGAACUACAGCAAUCUAGUUUCUGUGGGGUAUCACAUUAUCAAACCGGAUGUUAUCAUCAAGUUGGAGCAAGGAGAAGAGCCAUGGAUAGUAGAAGGAGAAUUCCUACUUCAGAGCUAUCCAGAUGAAGCCUGGCAAACUGAUAACUUAAUAGAAAGUGUCCAGGAAGAUGAAGAUAAACAUUUGAGGCAAACUGUGUUCAUCAGUGAGACCCUGAUUGAAGAGAGAGGUAAUGUUCCUGGUAAAAUUUUUAAUGUAGAAACGAACCCUGUGUCUUCAAGAAAAAUAGCCUAUAAAAAUAGCCUAUGUGACUCAUGUGAAAAGAGUUUAACAUCUAUUUCAGAAUAUAUUAGUAGUGAUGGAAGCUAUGCAAGAAUGAAACCUGAUGAAUGUAGUGGAUGUGGGAAGUCACUCCUCCAUAUUAAGCUUGAGAAAAUUCAUCCAGGAGAUAAAUCUUAUGAGUUUAAUCAAAACGGAGAACCUUACACUCUAAAUGAAGAAAGUAUUUAUCAGAAAAUUCAUAUUUUAGAGAAACCUUUUGAAUAUAUUGAAUGCCAGAAAGCCUUCCAAAAGGACCCAGUUUUUGUUAAUCACAUGGAAGAGAAGCCCUAUAAGUGGAAUGAAUCUGAAAUAGCAUUUCUCCAAAUGUCAAACCUCAGUGUACAUCAGAGAUCUGACGUGGAAAUGAAGCCCUAUGAAUGCAGUCAAUGUGGGAAAUCCUUUUGCAAAAAGUCAAAAUUUAUUAUCCAUCAGAGGACUCACACAGGAGAGAAACCUUAUGAAUGUAAUCAGUGUGGGAAAUCCUUUUGCCAGAAGGGAACCCUCACUGUACAUCAGAGAACACACACAGGGGAGAAGCCCUAUGAAUGUAACGAAUGUGGGAAAAACUUCUACCAGAAGUUACACCUCAUUCAACAUCAGAGAACUCACUCAGGAGAGAAGCCCUAUGAAUGUAGUUACUGUGGAAAAUCCUUUUGCCAGAAGACACACCUUACACAACAUCAGAGAACACAUUCAGGAGAGAGACCCUAUGUUUGUCAUGACUGUGGGAAAACCUUCUCCCAGAAGUCAGCACUCAAUGACCAUCAGAAAAUUCACACAGGCGUGAAACUAUAUAAGUGUAGUGAAUGUGGGAAAUGCUUCUGCCGCAAGUCUACUCUCACUACCCACUUAAGGACACACACAGGAGAGAAACCCUAUGAAUGUAAUGAAUGUGGUAAAUUCUUCUCUCGGUUAUCAUAUCUCACUGUACAUUAUAGAACUCAUUCAGGAGAGAAACCCUAUGAAUGUAAUGAAUGUGGGAAAACCUUCUACCUGAAUUCAGCCCUCAUGAGACAUCAGAGAGUACACACAGGAGAGAAACCUUACGAAUGUAAUGAAUGUGGAAAAUUAUUCUCCCAGUUGUCAUACCUCACUAUACAUCAUAGAACUCAUUCAGGAGUGAAACCCUAUGAAUGUAGUGAAUGCGGAAAAACCUUCUACCAGAACUCAGCCCUUUGUAGACAUCGGAGAAUACAUAAAGGAGAGAAGCCCUAUGAAUGUUAUAUAUGUGGAAAAUUCUUCUCUCAGAUGUCAUACCUCACUAUACAUCAUAGAAUUCAUUCAGGAGAGAAACCCUAUGAAUGUAGUGAAUGUGGGAAAACCUUCUGCCAGAAUUCAGCCCUUAAUAGACAUCAGAGAACACACACAGGAGAGAAAGCCUAUGAAUGUUUUGAAUGUGGGAAAUGCUUCUCUCAAAUGUCGUAUCUCACUAUACAUCAUCGAAUUCAUUCAGGAGAGAAACCCUUUGAAUGUAAUGAAUGUGGAAAAGCCUUCUCUCGGAUGUCAUACCUCACUGUACACUAUAGAACUCAUUCGGGAGAGAAACCCUAUGAAUGUACUGAAUGUGGGAAAAAAUUCUAUCACAAAUCAGCAUUCAAUAGCCAUCAAAGAAUUCACAGAAGAGGGAAUGUGAACAUAGUAGAUGUGGGAAGGCUUCUCUGAAGUCAGAACUCAUUUUAUGUGAGAGAACUCUUUGAAUUUAAUGAAUAAGAAACUUCUGCCUGAUGUCAAACACAUUGUACAACAGAGUGCUCACUCAGGUGAGUGUGGACAAACCCUUGUGUUAGUCAUAUAAUCUGAAAACUCAAGAGUAGAGACCAUGAUUAUUACAAGACCAUAUGAUUCAUUAGGUACCAGAUAAUGCAAGAGUAAAAGUUUAUAAAUAUUUAGAAUGUGUAUACAUUUCACCAUGGAUUAGAAUUUUUUUAACAUGGUAUCAGGGAAUCUGUCAGUUUAGGGAAUAUGGAAAACAUAGUUCUUUAGAAAUUGUUAAUACUAAAAAGAUAUGUUUCUGAGGCCAUAGCAAACUUUUUGUUUAAAAAGAGAACCCAGAACAUACAGGUAUCUGCUGUGAAUAAACAUAACUCCUUGUGUAAAUAGAAGCUGUAAAAUCAUCAGGAUAGCUAAUCAAGUUAGUAACAUUAAACUCACAUAUAAAAAGUUCCCAAAGAACAUAGGACUUAUGUUUUUGGGGGGCUUUUUUGGUAUUUUAGUAUGUUACAGAAAUUGUAUGACCAGUUUGAAUCAUGUUUGAAAGCAUUGUAUCCUUAUUAGAGUAAUUUGUAAUACAUAGGGUAAGAUUAUCCAUUCUAAAUAGCACCACCAUGUUAAUAUCCUAAUAUACAUUGUCCUUGAAAUAAUAUUUGAUAUAUAUAAAAUACACUUUUUCUUGCAUUCUUCUCUGGCAUUUUUAAAUGCAUUUGAUCAUUGCUAAUUAUCACCCAUAAUGAACCAAUAAACUGUUUCAAUUUGUGUCUGAGUCAGCAAAAGAGAUAGAAAUCUAUGUAUAAAAUAGACAGAAAACCUUGCUUAGGUAAUUUUAAGUUGUUAAUGCCAGAAGUAUCCAGGAUUGAGAAACCGCUAUAGUCCUCAUUCACUCUAUACAAUUUAAAGAUGUACUUAAACUUAAAUUAAAUGAGAUGUAUUCUCAUUUAAUCUAUUGUUUUUCAUCUAUUUUUCAUUUGGAUGCUUACAUAGGUAUAAGUGUACAAGAAUAUAAAUGCUAUGUAAAAUAGGAUUUAAUUAUAUUUUUAUUUGAUAUGAUAGUGUUUUUAAUCCUUGUGCUCUACUCUUUCUCAUUACUGAAUGAAUUAAUAGAACACAUUAAUAAGGAUUUGUGGCAGACAUUGCUGAGUGACUCCACUAGUCACUCCCUUCUUAUUUGCUGGCAGAGUUUGGGUAUCUACUUCUCAAAGGUUGGGAAGUUAAUCCUGAUUAAUUUCAGUCAGUGACAGUCCCUUUCUCAUUGUCAGGAGUUGGUUUAAAGUGGUUAUGGGACCCAAUUCUAAACAUAAACAAAGGAGAUAUCUGACAGGCUAUUUCUGGAAAAGGUUUCCUCAAAGGUUCAAGGACUCGAGCAAGGUCAAGUGGAAUUUUGGUGAACAGUACCUUGUCUGGAUGUGGUGCCUGGUAACUGUCUUUCAGCAAUGGAUCAUAGGUUAAUCAUGGCCUGAGCAGACUGAUUGAAAGAUCUUGGGACCUGGAUGAUGUCAUUGAGCCA